AAAAUAUAGCAAAAAUUGACAUUGUGGCAUGUUCAAUUGCAGCAAAUUUAAAAGGCUCAGUUUUAGGUAAAAAAUAGUAUACAUUAGUCUGAAGGAAAGUUGUAACCAUUUCUACACUAAAUUUCCUUGCGGAAUGAUGAAAAUAUGAGAACAUUUAUCUGAGAAUCUUGCAACUGUAAAUUCUUCGGCACGACGAAAAAUUCGAUGAUUUCAUUGUCCACAUGAUGACUGUUUGCUAUCUUAUGAUAUUGACCCCGGAACGUAAUAUAUAAAACAGAGGGCAGUGCAAUUAAGCACUCACUAUACUCGCAAUUCUUAUUCCUCUUUUUGAUAAAACUGUGUUGAACCAGUAUUGACAGAACUGCAUCUCAGUGAGCACUCGGCAGCUUACCAACACAGGUACCUAUUCCACCGUCAAUUCUGCGCCCUCUUUAAUGAUUUUGGUUUAAAUAACCGCAAAAUUAUUAAAAUCAGGUGUCAAGAAAUGGCGGAAAUCAGAAUGCAAAAUCGUCACAUACCUUAUCCCCGUGUAUUACAAGUUCGUCUGUCUCAUGUGCUUGCUCUGAUAGCACUCGCAUCUGUUCUCCCACGUUCAACAGCUCAAUUGUAUAUAAACCUCGACGGUUUCCAAGGAGCGCGUCAAUCAUCCCCGUGGGAAUGCUUGUGUCCAGAGUGUCCAUCCAACUCCGGUGAUGCCCCUUCCAACACGAAUGACCUCCCGACCGACCCAUCCGAAUCCCCGGCCAAUUCUCUGCCCGACGGCGAGCACCCUCCACUGAACACCUACACAGCACCCGCGAUGGGGCCUCCGGAGCUGACUGCAGACAUCGACGAAAACGCCAGACAGAGGAACAACUCGCUUCUCUGCGAGUGCAAUUUCAGGCCGAUUGAGGUUUUGUACCUCCUGGCUGACAAGGCCAGAGGCAUGAAAAGGUCACCGAAAGGAUUCCAAAAUGACCUCAAUACCCUCGUGUCUACGUCGGGUGCCUCGGAGGCUGAUGAUAUGAAUAAACCCGUCUCGCCGAGCAGACCCAGAGGUAAUCAGGGAAGUGCCGAAGAUCAGCCCGGUCAGAAUCCCGAAGAUGGAAACGCUCCGGCCCAAUCGAAUCAGCCAUCAGCGCCGGUAGAUCCUGCAGAGAAGGAAAGGCAGCGGCAAUUGGCGCGGGCCUACAACGUGACCCCGCACUGCAACGGGCCCAACUCGGUGACCCCGACCCGGCUGAAGAUGAUGUUCCCCGACAAGGCGGACAUGGGCCAGCGGAAAGAUCCCUCGAGCAAGCCCUCCAUGGUCCAAGUCAAAACCGAACCGGUUCGACCCGCACAACCGCGAACCACCACCACCACCCCCGCUCCGCAGAAACCACUGGCCAUCCCUGCCCUUGUCACUAAACCGGAGUUCGGCGGCCUCAUCCCUCAGACAGGACUUCCGGCGGAAACUAAGAAAAAAAUAAUCGCUGUACACUUGGCAACCAUGCCGCAUGAUCGAAGAGUCCCGUUCCCCGUGGUGUGUAUCAUCCUUAAGUUGAGGAUGGAAAAGAGUCUCGUGCCGGACAGCAAGAAGGCAAAGUUCCUCAAGUAUAAUGACGUCAUCGAUAAUAAUGGGCAGCUGAAGGGGGAUCUCCAGACGUUGCAUGAUCAUGUGAUCGAUGGGGCUUUCCUUCAGAUGAUCCCGUGGCAGAUAUUCGGACUAUGGUGAUGUGUCGAAUAAACUGCCAACUGGGACAUUUGAAUUAAAUUUUGCAAUAAGGAAUCACUAAGGCUCAUUUUAGAAACAACAUAUAUGCCAUUAGUUCCCCUAUGCAGAAAGGUGCUUUUAUAGAAGAGCCAGAGAUGGUAUGAUUCCUUGUUGCAAAAUGUAAUCCAUGUAAUGAUUUCACUCCUGACGCUUUUGGCGCAUUUAAAACGAAAUUCUACCUCGCGUUGGACAAAUGAAUUAAAGUUCGUUCUCUUCUAUUUACGAAUGCUGUGUGAUUCAUCCAGUUGAAUUAAAUACCAAAUUGACUUCAAUGCAAUUCCUCCGCUCUUAAGAUGAAACAUAGCUCUAAUACACGUAACGGACUUGCAUUUUUUUUAAAGUGCUGAAGGUAUUAAAUCCUUUUGACGCAAUGAUUAAUAUGCGAAGGUCUCUGAAGUUUCACAGUUUGUUCAGGAAAUAUACGUGUUCAGCCCCACGCUACACACAUUUUAUGUAAAUUAAAAAAUAGGUGAAAACCCGCAUUUGAUCAUUUUUUAUUGAUUAAAAUGGUAGUUAAUAAUGAAACUUUACUUUUUACUGCAAUAUUAACGUUGUACUAUAUUUGUCAUGUAUGAAUAGCGUAAAACAUUUUUUCAUAAGAGACACUGUGAUAUUUAUUCUAUCAAUAAACUCUAUUUUUAAUCUGCAAAA